AUGCAAUGCUGUGCGCAGGACGAGGACACCCGGUGCGGCUGGUUCGGCUUCUCGCCGUCGGUGGCGCAGUGUUUCGCGAGGCCCGAGUGGGUGCUGGUGUGCUUCAGCAUGGCUGCCUUCGUUCAGGGCAUGGUUAUCAGCGGCUUCAUCAACGUCUCGCUGCCCACGCUCGAGCGCCGCUUCCACCUGCGCAGCGUCGAGACGGGACUCAUCGUGGCCAUGUACAACGUCGGCUCGCUGCUGCUCAUGGUGCCAGUCACCUUCUUCGGCAGCGAGAUGAACAAGCCAAGGAUCAUGGCCGUCGGAGUCGCGUGCAUGGGCAUCGGCUCCUUCAUCUACAGCCUGCCCCACUUUGUGGCACCGCAGUACAAGUUUAGCCGACCGCUGAAGGACCUAUGCCCGUACGCCAGUGGACCAGCGUACGAAUCCAGCGGCUCUCUUCGAAACUACCGAUUCAUCUUCAUGCUCGCCAACCUCGUGCACGGCUGCUCCACGGUGCCUUUCUACACGCUCUCGGUGGCCUACAUGGACGACAAUCUGUCCGCCCAGAAGUCCAGCUGGUACAUUGGCAUGUACUACACCGCGGCCAUCAUGGGGCCAGCGAUCGGCUUCAUUCUGGGUGGAACGUUCCUGAAGACGUACACUGACCUCAAUGUGGACGCCGCGAGCAUCGGCCUGUCGCCUUCCAGCACCGUCUGGGUGGGCGCCUGGUGGAUAGGCUUCGUGAUUACCGGCACCCUGUCGCUGAUCCUCUGCGUUCCCAUAUUCGGCUUUCCCAAGAGGCUACCGGGUGCGAAGGUGGUCCAGAAGCCGCUCGAAGUGGACGCGCGGGCGCUCAGGGGCGACUCGGUGCAGGUGCGACUCGGCGACAUGCCCAAGGCCGUGCGCUACCUGCUGAAGAACUACACGUUCCUCUUCAUCAGCCUCGCCGCUACCGUCGAGACGAUGCUCGGCUCCGGCUACUCGAAUUUCGCCGCAAAGCUGUUCGAGUCCGAGUUCGGCAUGACCUCGGCGAACGCGGCACUCCUGCUUGGCAUGAUCGGCAUCCCGAGCGCGUGCCUGGGUUGCUUUGUGGGCGGCUACGUGGUCUCCAAGCUGAACCUGAGCUGCGGCAGCAUUAUACGCAUGUGCACCGUAGCUUCCGUGUUCAACUGGUUCGUGUUCUUCGCGCUGCUCAGCUCCUGCCCGGACAUAAAGUUCGAGGGCAUCGACGUGGACAACAAGAUCGUCCUCACGUCCAAGUGCAGCAGCGAAUGCAUGUGCCCGCUCAGCUUCAAUCCAAUCUGCGGUCGGGACUUGAAGAUGUACAUGUCACCGUGCCAAGCCGGCUGCCGCAACGAGACCCAGGAUCCCGUCGCCGGAACCACGCGUCCUCACGUCCAAGUGCAGCAGCGAAUGCAUGUGCCCGCUCAGCUUCAAUCCAAUCUGCGGUCGGGACUUGAAGAUGUACAUGUCACCGUGCCAAGCCGGCUGCCGCAACGAGACCCAGGAUCCCGUCGCCGGAACCACGGCACCAUCCCGGCGCCGCUCAUUUUCGGAAAGACGGUGGACAUGGCAUGCGAGAUCUGGUCUUCCGUGUUCAACGGCGAGGCCAACGAGUCCGGCAACUGUGCCAUCUACAACAACGCAGCGCUCAGCCGCAACAUGGCCACCCUGCUGGUGCUGCUGAAGACCAUGUCGGUGGCGCUGUUCGCCUGCGCCAGCCUCUCCUACCAGCCGCCCAUGUCGCCGAUGUCGUGA